UGUGUAAGGAAUUCUGGAUUUUUAGUUAAAUUUCUUUAAUUUCCUUAUAUUUAAGACUAACAGAAUAAUUGUAAUAUCACCGCUUUAUUCCUGACAGAGGAGCAUUCCUGUAACACAGAUCAUUCAGCUGUGACAGAGUCUUGGGAAACAUUUGCAUCAAACUGCAACACGUCAUCAUCAUGGCUCACAGCAGAUCACAAGAGGCAUCUUGGACUGUCAGUGAUUUAAUCCAGAAGAGUCGGUUAAUCAGUGAAGGAAAACCGGCACGGUAUCAACUGAUCACAACGAAAAGUGAUCUAGAUGAAAGUGGUAAGAUCAGAAAAUGGACAUUUGGUCAGCGAUACAUCAACACUCAAAACAAAAUCAUACUGGUGGUGGGAGAAACUGGAACAGGCAAAACCACUCUGAUCAACGCCAUAGUGAAUUACACACUAGGAGUGAAGAUCGAUGAUGAUGUUUGGUUUGGGAUCACAGAAGAAGGAGGAGUGAAUCAAACUGAAGAACCUGAAACAGCAGAUCAGACAGAAAGUCAAACAACUGAAGUCACUGUCUAUGAGGUUUUUGUCCAGGAGAACCAAAUCUCUGUUACCAUAAUUGACACUCCAGGUUAUGGAGACACCAGAGGAGCAGAAUAUGAUGAGCAGGUGGCUGAAAACUUGUUUAAACUGUUUAAACACGACACUGGAGUGAAAGAACUAGAUGCAGUGUGUCUGGUAGUGAAAUCAACUCAGAAUCGACUCUCUGACAGACAGCAUUACAUUUUUGAUGCAAUUCUGUCUCUGUUUGGUAAAGACAUAGAGGAGAACAUUGUGUUUUUUAUUACACACUCCACUGGAGGACCUCCAAAAAAUGUCAUUAAUGCCAUCACGAAAACAAAGAUCCCUUGCAGGAAAAAAAAUGGAAAUGAACCAGUUUAUUUCUUGUUUGACAAUUGUCAAGCUGAACAGUGGAAAACAGAACAUGAGGAAGUUUACCAAAAAGCUUGGAAGUUAACGGAGGACAGUUUAAGGAAUUUUUUCACAUCUCUGGAAGACCAGAACAGAAAAAGCUUAGAGAUGACUGAGAGCGUUCUGACAGAGCAAAUUCAGCUCAAAGCCUGUGUUUCUAAUCUGCAGGAACGCAUUGAGUUAAAGGAGCGCAAACAGGAAGAACUGACUCAGAUUCAGGAAGCCCUCAAACAAAACCAGGAGAAGAUUCAGAGAAAUGAAAACUUUUCUUUUACAGUCACCAGGAGUCACAAGAAGAAAGUCAGCAUUGGAAACGCUUCAUGGUGGGACAGAAAGGCAACCUGUUGCUCCGUCUGUCAGGAGAACUGUCAUGAGAAAAACUGCUGGUGUGCCAUCGAUGCCUCAUGGUGUCAUGUCAUGAAAGAUGAGCGCUGCACUGUGUGUUCAGGGAAGUGUCACCACAGUAAACACAUCAGAGAGAACAAGAAAUAUGUUAUAAAGAGUGAUGAGAUCAAAAUGACGUAUACAGACCUGAUAAAACAAUAUGAGAACACUGAUGAGUCAAAAGCAGGUAUCAGUCUAGACAGAGAGGAAUUUGAGAAUGUCAAAAGGGAGCUUGAAAGCAACAAGCAAGAGAAAGAAGAAAAGACAAGCAUAGAGAGGAAACUGGAAGAAAAACUGAGUGAGAUUGCAAAAGAAAAGACCCAACUGGUGGAAGAGGCCUGCAGCACCAUAAUCAAACUGUCUGAAAUUGCAUUAAAACCAGACUCUGCCUUCAUGGUUGAGUCACUGGACUUCUUGAUCCCCCGAGCUGAGGAAACUGGACAUCGUGACUGGGUUCAGAAACUGAAGGAGUUGAGGAAAAUUCAUCCUGAAGCAGAGACAAGAACCGUUGCUGUACUGAGAUAUUUGCGAGCAGGUUUUACUAGAGGUCUUACUAGUAAAAAAUGACAGAAAUGGAUCAUAGUUUGUUACAGUGAUAAGGAAGGAAUUGCUCAGUAUCUGACUUAUACAUUAUCCACAGCACAUUUGCAAAUUAGGAAAAUGAAAUUGAAUGCAAAAUUGU